UUUGACUAUUAGUCACUUGGUAGUUGGAUUCUCCCCUCUGAAAAGCAGAUGAAGAAGCGGAUAAAGGCAACACUGAAACAAUUUCAAGGGUCUGAACCUUCUAAUCAGGACAAACAGAGCUCAAGAGCACCGUCCUCUGGUGAAACAGAAAUCACCAAGGGAUUCUGUUGGAUUAUAUUGUAUCAACCUCACAUAAUCCCUCCAUGUACUGAAGGACCUCAGACAUUUUUUUGUACUUGAACAAAUUCCUCUCAGCUCUUACUGCCAAAAGUAUGUCAACAAAAAUGACUUUGUAGCCACUGACUGCAAGCAGAAUACAAGAAAAGCAACAUCAAGCAUGGAGGCCUCAAGUUCUGCUCAUGUAGGGAGUCACCCCACUACACCCAUACCCCCUUUCUCCCCUACUCCCUCCUCUCAUGGCUACCUGCAGUUCUUCUGGGAGUACCAGGACAACUCUGUCAUUGUGGAGCAUUACAACCACACGGGCAAGCUGCAGGGAGACCGCUACCGUGAAGGGCUCAAACCUGAGGGCAUUGCGUUCCUGGUGGUGUGUCUCCUCAUCGUCCUGGAGAACGCUGUGGUUCUCCUUGCCAUUUGGAGGAACAAGAAGUUCCACCUGCCCAUGUAUUACCUCCUGGGAAACCUGACUCUGUCUGACCUACUGGCUGGGAUUGCCUACAUGGCAAACAUCAUCAUGUCCGGACCUUAUACUUUAAAACUGACGCCGUUGCUAUGGUUCCUCAGGGAGGGAGGGGUCUUCAUCACCCUGGCUGCCUCUGUCAUUAGUCUGCUGGCCAUUGCAAUUGAACGUCAUGUUACUAUGGUGACUAUGAGGCCAUACCAUGGGGCAAAGCGGGGAAGGAUGUUGGCACUGAUCGGUGCAAGUUGGGCCCUUGCAGGGUUUUUGGGGGUCCUACCAAUCCUGGGAUGGAACUGCAUCCACAGACUGAACCAGUGUUCAACAGUUCUCCCACUUUAUGCCAAGAGCUACAUCCUCUGCUGCGUAUCUGUGUUCAGUGCAGUGCUCCUUGCCAUCGUGGUCCUUUAUGCCAGGGUUUUCCGCAUUGUCCGCAGCAACACGCAGCGUCAGCGGAUGGGCCUGUCAGGCAGCAUGAGAAAGGGCUUAGCGAGGAAGUCACAGAAGUACAUCGCCCUCCUCAAGACAGUCACCAUUGUGUUGGGUGUCUUCAUUGCAUGCUGGCUGCCCCUCUUCCUCCUCCUCCUCUUGGAUUUUUUCUUCCCCACUCGCAGCUGCCGCUUGCUCUACAAGGCUGAUUAUUUCCUGGGAGUCGCCAUGGUCAACUCACUCCUCAACCCCAUCAUCUAUACUCUGACCAGCAAGGACAUGAGGAGAGCCAUUCUGAGGCUGCUCUGUCGGCCGUGUCUCAUGACUCGAGAUGGUCAGGUGAAAAAGAUUGGGAUGCCAUUCCUGGAGUGUAGUUUCAGUAAAACCGAGGUGGCCUCCCAGAAGUUAGAAGGGGGACUAGAGACUACGAUCUCCUCUGGGAACGUUAUCACCACCCCAUCUCCCAUUAAGGCCCUCUAUCCCAAACUCUUCAAGCCUUAAGAACAUAGACUCUCUGAUUGAGUUGAAGUAUAUGAACGGGUGUCCCACUAAACAGAGGACAUGUAGCACACCUUUGAUAAAAAGGAACCAUUUCUGGUAGUCUCGAAUUUUGAGUAAGCCAGAAACAGACGGUUUAUGAAAUAUGGAGGCAUCUAACACACAUCUGCACCAUAAGUGGUGCAGUUAUGGCAACAUAACCAUAUCAAUGAAUAUGGAACAAAAGGCUAUGAGGAAGCCACUCGAAUGUGAAAAAGCAACGUUUGUAUGUGUAGAUGUAGCCUUUCCUUAACUAAUUUGCACUGAAAAACCAUUGUGAAUGGAGAAGCAGCCUUGGACUUUUUUUUCCUGUGGUUCUGUAGUUUGUAUCAAAGUCUGGAAGGAUGAACCCAAAGACUCUUGUGACUGAAAAUGACUUGCUGGGUUCAUUUCUUUUCCUUUUUUUCUCAUUCAAGUGCCUUAAAUACAGCGCAAAUAUUUCCAAUAUGUGCAUUGUGUAAUCUGUCCAUCUGCAAACACCUGGAUUUUGCUGGUUCGAAGGCCCAAGGUGCGCUAGAUUUGCUAUGAUAAAAUUGCAUAGAGCACCCGACACAUAUCUGCGUACGUGAUGCAGACGAGACCUACGGGGAGGUUACAGGAAAGAGAAGAGUGGUUCUUAUGCUUAACUUUUUGCUCUGAAGAAUGCUGUGGCAUAUAUGUGGGAGGGAGGGAACCACAAAACCAAAAUCCCCCGGUUUUGAAAUGACAGAUAUUGGUUAUCUGAUACCAAAUUGAGAGUUGUUGGGGUUGGUGUCCAAUUCUUCAAAUGACAUUCUAGCAUCUACAGAAAAGCUGUCACAGCAAAAACAACAUGCUGUUGUUUCCCUUAUGUCAUGACAUCGUUAGACUGACAACAAAUCAGCUGCAAUGACAUCACUUGUAAGUAUAAGCCCAAUAAAUUAUUGUUUUAAAGAUUAUAUUUCUUGCAAAUAAAGUUGCAGAUGUUAUUAAUCACUACCAUCCAGCUGCAUCAGGAGUUUUAAAGACAAGAAUGUGCCUGCACUUGUAAGCUAAAUCAUGUGGAAUCAGGGAAAAUUCAUCCCAGUGCAAUUAUUACAAUACUUCCUGUCACUAUCCAUCAUGUUAACAGAACAUAUCCGGUUGUAGUUUGAGGUACUGAAUAUGUCAUUUUUCUUUUUAUGAAUGAGUUUGAUGUCAGAUUUUUUUCAAAUGUUUUUUUUUAAUGCAGUCUUUCAGGACUUUGAUUGACAAAUGAGGCAGUGUGUGUUUUUUUGUACUGUAAUUCAUGUAGUGAACUUUGUAUUUUUGUAUUUCUAAAGACUUUUCAUAACAUCUGUAUUGUAAAUUAUAUCUAUUUUGUAACAGCAAACGACUAGCAAACUUUACCUUUCUUUUCAUAAAAGAAAUAAAAUGUUUUCUUGAAUGUU